GUUGGAAGCGCGCCAGCGAACCGCCGACGCUUUCAUCCCACUUUCAUUUUCCCCCGUACAGCCGUAUAUAAAUCCACCUGCAGCUCUCCUCCUCACUGCAGCACCUUCACAGACCCCGAAGAGACCGAGCUUCCGAGCAGCACCAACAAACCCCAGAGACAUGGCCUCCUCCACUGCGGCGCUCCUCCUGCUGGGACUCCUCUGCGUGGGCUUCGCAUCAGCUGAGAUGAUGGUGGACUGCUGCCUGACGGUGGCUGAGAAGCCCAUGCCGCUUCACCUCCUUCAGAGCUACACCAUCCAGGAGGCUGGGAACGGGUGUAGAAUCAGCGCCACCGGGUUCAUCACAAAGCUUGGAAAGACGCUGUGCGUCUCCCACCCCAACAAUAAGUUAUGGGUGAGGAAAUACAUCAAAUACCUGGAUGAGAAAAGAGCAGGACGCCACUGAAUCAGGCGUGGAGAGGAGAGGAUUCUGGGAAAAGAUGGCUGAAGAGGAAGAAGGGCCGACUCGGAUGAGAAUGUUCUGUAGAAGAGUCGUGUGCGGUUUUGAGUGUGUUUUCCUUCCUUUUGUGGAGUUUGUGGCGUUGAACUCGACCCAUUUCGUUUUCAUAAUUUCACAUCAAUUAUUUUCAACUGUACGGUGACUUCCUUUUUAUAUUAUAAUCAUAAAUCUGUAAAGUAUGUUAGCAAAAUGUAUCCAAAUGUAUUCUAUGAUUAUGUUCUCAGACAGUUUGUUGUUUUUUAAAAUAAAGUUUUGUUUUAUUUUUUAAA